AUGUAUAAUGGUCUACGAUCUUCUCUUCCGCCAUCCCCAACUCCACCUCCAAUCCCUUUCCCACAUCAUCGCCCUGAGCUGCAAUACCCUGCUUUUGAAGAAACUAGUACCCAGGAAGCAUCAACCACUGAAGAGGCUGACGAAAUCGAGCUUGAGCGAUACGACGACGGGACAGUUCCAGCCAUGGUUAUCCAGAUUCCAGCAGGCAUGCAACUUGAUGCACGUCAGAUCAAGAUACUUCAGAAUGCCGAACGCCUACCCCCAAUUCGGACAAGCACUCUCAGCGAACUCGACCUGAACCACAUCAUGAGAAAUAUCAAUUUACGGGUAGAUGUCAACUUCGACCGUGAACUCCAUUUCCAACCUAUUGCUGGCGAGAAAGGGCAUGAAAAACGAAAGAUGGCAGAGGCUUAUUGGGAAGCCAUAGCCCUGGAAAUUUCCGUGCAUGGCUACUACUCCACGACCAAGAAGCAACAGACCUUUAGCCAGGCAAGCCAUCAGACUGCUGGAGGGCAUAAGCGCAUGCCUAGCGAUUCAGUAGGCGUCUUCGAACCAAGGUUACCAGUGAUGCUAGAGACAUUGAAAGAUGUCGUAAGCAGUCUAGUUCCAGAGCGAGAUCAGCAAAGCGUAAUGCAAAAUUUGGAUGUACCAUUUCUCCUGCAACAGGUGCAUAAGGGCGUCCUAGAUAUGGUCAACCUCACGAAAUGGCUUGCCGCCUUGCUGAAAACCCACUGCGCACCAAUGAGAGACCCCUGGGCAGAUAAAAUGGUCGCGGAAAUUAGCGAAGGAUGUGCAACUGGGGAUACAUACAAAAUGGUGGACGGGCUUAGAACAAUGUUCGGCACACUAGAGUCGAUGAAACUGGAUGUUGCGAAUCAUCAGAUACGUGCAUUUAGAGUGAUCCUGAUAGAUGAUACGGUUCGGUUUCUACAGAGCGACUUUAGGAAAAGAAUGGCGGCAAAUGCUAUCGACAUAUCACGAGCAAGGAGGUGGUAUCUGGAGAUUUGUCACCAGCCGUUGUAUAAGUCCCCUUAUUUACAACACGAGCUUAGAGGAAGCUACGCACCAAUAGCCCUCCUUUUUAUGGGGCUGUUCUCCCUCCUUGUGCCAUUUGAGCACCCAAAACAAUUCCCGGAUGUUUUCGAGUUUGACGCCGAGCGACUGUGGUUCCUCCGGGCAGAUAUACAGGACCUGAUGGGACUGGAAAUAUGCUCCCGAGUGUUUGAACUAAUUGCUAUAGAACAAGGCCGGCAUAGCCCCUUCUACCAGCAAGCAAAAGCCGCACUUCCAUCGCGCAUCUGUUGCAUCCUUGACAAUUGUCCUGACAGCAUCACCGCCGAUUUUGAUGCUCGCAAAUAUGACCCCAGCACACCGAAUGCGAAUGACAAAUGGCGAAGCAACAUAGGCCAAAUUGCUCUGGAAAUUGCACAAAGCCUUUGUUCUCUCGAUGGUAGCAACAAGAACAAUACCUUCCCAGACGGCAAAACUUUACACAGCGUAGAGAAAUAUCUCGAAUUCUUCUUCACCUCUCCAACUGGUCAAUCCCGCGAAUUCAGCCUUUCAAUCCAAGCGGAUCUUGAGGAAGCUACAUUUGCUUAUGUUAAAAAAUACUUACAGAUGACACCACUGGAGAUGGCCGAGGAUCAACGCCCUAGGCAAUACCCCGACGUUAGGAAAAUCCCAUGCUCUCAACAGUUAUUGGUGAGUGUGGAUGGCAUAGCGAAGCGUCUAGCUCAUAUCGGAGUCCUGCACUGGAGAGUCUGGGCUCCUGUAUUAUACCUCCACGAGGCACCUGGGAUAUCGUUUGCGCCUGGAAGCCAUAUGAGCACAAUGUACGCGACGGAGUAA